CGUUUUCCAGAUUUUGAACUCUCUCAGUGCUGUCCGUGAACUGUCCAGAAAUUUGUACAGCGGACAGUGAGACCCCAUAUGAGCCGCUGUUCAGCGCAUUCCAAAGAACAUGGGCGCAGUGUGACCAGUCUGUCGACCACACGUCGCGUCACGCAUGCAACCAGCACACCUGGCAGCUAAUGCCGUGGAAGUGCUGUGUAUAAAACCGAAGCGAACCCUCUCGUUGGGCAGCAAGGUAUCGUGCUCGUGAACUCUCUGAACACGCAGUUGGCGAGGAUUGAGGCAGAUACGGACUAACGAGCAGUGAGGGAGGGUAUCAGAGGAGUAAGGGGCGAGUAGAGAAUUUUGGGGUGAAGGAAGAGCCGUUCGCGUCGAGAUCAACUGAGGAGGACGAGGGCGAAGCUCACUGACGAAGCUGGCGAAGGUGAUGGCUAUGGCGCGCUCGACGUUCGUCGCAGCCGUGCUGCUGCUGAUCGUCGCUCUCCAAGCAUCUGCGCAGCCCCCGGAGGUGACUAUCAGCUAUGUGACCUAUGCCGGGUCUGGCUGCAACGGGGAGAACACCAACUACGCUCUGUCGAACGACAACAAGGUGGUGACCUUCAUGUUUGGCGGGAUGGUUGCCACCACUGACGAGGGACUUGCCGGCAAGAGGAAGCAUUGCCAGAUGUCGUUUAAUAUGGUGUACCCCGACGGCUGGAGUGUCUCGAUUGGCCAGGCGACGGGGCGCGGGUUCGCCAACAUCGCGAAGAAGUCCAAGGGCCAUUACGAGUCGCACUACUACUUCGCCGGACAAACAGGUACGGCCAGCCUGGCGCGCGAAGUCCCGGGGCCGCAAACGGGCAACUUCGAGUUCACGGACGACUUCUUGACGAUCGUGUGGAGCGAGUGCAACAACGCUCCCAACCUGAACAUCAAGGUUGUGGUGAGAGUAGAGGGCAAGAAAGCGGUAAUGGCGCUCGAUUCUCAGGACACCAGGUUCCAGCUGGCCUUCAACCUCCAGUGGACAACGUGCCCAAGUACUUAAUUAAGCAAGAACAGUACUUAAUUAAGCAAGAACACCCCACCUUAUCCGCCCACCAACCAACCAUCCCGAGGCCGACGACGACCAGGUUGGUCGGUGUUUUAAGGGACGGGGGCGUAGCGAGAGGAAGGGUGCGGAACGCUCAAUUCGGCGCGCAGUGGUGGCGCGCAGUGUUAUGGUGAUGUUGGUUGCGGUCGCCGUCGAGGAUCUUUAGUUCAGGAAUCUCCUCAUGUAGGGUGGUGACCGAGGGUCCAUUUGGCGCGCAGUGGUAAUGCUCGUGGUUGCCCGGAGGGAGGGUAGGACAGGAGGCAGCAGCGCCCGUUUCGCUGCCGCCUGUUUUAGUCGUGAAGGACAGCACACGGGGGUGAUCUCAAGGAAUAAAGCUAGCAUGCAACGUCAGCGUUGGUAGUCGGCCACGUCAGCAGUGUGGUCAGUGGUAGGCGCCCGCGUUAGCACUGGUAGCCGCCCGCGUUAGCUGUGGCAGGCGGCCAACCUAGCAUUUGGUUCUCUCGACCCCUCUUGACAUUGUACGUUGCGUAGCAGCUGCUCUGGUCGUAGACGCAACUAGCACUCUUGUAUAUUUUUGUGCGGUCGUUCAGUCCAAGUGGCAGCGAAAUCGAGCUGACAAUGGCCUGGCUAAAUCUGACAUCCUCACGUUCCUUCAACACUUUUCCUCUCUCUCUCUCUCUCUCUCUCUCUCUCUCUCUCUCUCUCUCUCUCUCUCUCUGUGAGAUGGUUUCCGAUCUUUUUGCAGCGCGUACUAGAAGUAGUGUGCUGCCACAUUCCGUCGAUCUGUGAAUCCUCACGGAGCCCGAUAUGGUUGUGAAUGGGCCGAUGUUCUUAUUUAACCGCACUGGAGGGAGGCAGAAUGCCUGUGCUUCUCGGUACGUCGGUAGCGUUCGUUAUUUUCCCUGUCAGCAGAACGGGAACGUGGUAAAUCCGGUAGUGCCCCUCGUUUGUCAUAGCACCGCCUUUUACUUAGUUAAUUGUACUCUAUUACUUGUUUUUUGUACCUAAAUGUUUUUCUUGACGAUGAGAAAUGGAAAAUUGUGACUUCCUGAGUGAAGGAAGAUGACGAGAAUCGUUCUUUGUCCUCUCUGUUGAAAAAAAGGAGAAUGGUGAUAUUUUAACUGACAAAAUUGCAAAAU